AUCACGUGGCGACCGCUCUUCCGGUGUGCCAUGGCGGGCUCUCAUGGCGGAAUCUCCUUCUUGAGGAGCCACUGUGGCGACUUCGUGAAGGUCCCGGGCAGGCGCCGCCCGAUCAAGGCCAAACUGCCUCUGGCGCUAGCCGACCGCGUCUCCAACCGGACUCUGAAGCUCGGAGAGGCAAGUUGUGUUACAGAGAUGGCAUUGAUGAUGGCUUGUUGGAAGGCAAAUGAGUUCAGUGACAGUGUUUGUGCUAAGGAGAUUACAACAUUUUUUGAAUGUGCAGCAAAAGCAGAAGCAAAGAAAAAGGAGACAACUCCAGAAGAAUCUUCGGGAACUCUUAAUUCACAACAAGUCAACAAAUUACUUGGACGAUUCCCAAAUAUUACACACUAUUAUUAACAAAAAUUGUUUCUGUAAAUAUCUGAUUAAAACCUGAAAUUAGAUCAAGUUUGGAAAACUCCCCCACCCCCACUUGUUAAAACUGAGGAGAAAUAAUCUUCAGAAUUGCCAGAUAUAAGUGACUUUGUCUAAAAAGAUCUGCUGCCAGUAAGACCAAACUUACAUUUUCUCUGAUGUGAAGGUUCUUCAAGCAAAAAACUUCCUUAUAGAUUGUUCAGUUAUUGUCAUAUUGAGUUAUAUGAAAUAAAAUCUUAUAAUGAAACAUGCUA